AUGAAGAGGAAGGCGCGGCAGUGUCGAGCGCCGGACCGGGGUGGUCUGGUGGCGUCAGGGAUGGCAAGGCCACGACGAGGCUCGGCGUCGGCAGCUCGGCACAGCGUCGGGGUGGAGCAGGCCGUGUCCACGCUCGACGUCGGCGACGGCCAGUCGGAGUUUCGGGUGGCGCGGCUACGCGGGCGCGUCCGCGCGGCGAGGGAGACCGGCAGCGCACGAUCCCCGACGCGGCGAGACUCCGCCGCCUCGGUGGUUCUCAUCCGCUGGGGACUCGACAUCGAGGGAUGGAAGAGCAACGGGCUGCGGGGUCCGGCGCUCGAGUGCAGAGGCAGCUGCCAUGUGCAGUGUGGCGGCGCCCGGGCCAACUACGCCCUAGCCAUGGAGAUCGCGCCGGAGGCUGGAGGAGGCGGCCGGCGAGAUGGGUCAGGAGCGCCAUCACCAUUGCCCUCGCGUCAUCUUCUCAGUCCCCUGCUUGCCGUCGCAAAGGCCAGGACCGUCGAGGACUGCCAGGCACUUGCGCCAUGGCCGCCGGACGCCUGGCAUCUCACGACGCACCCUCCCAUCGCCGGUCGUCCUCCACCCCAGCUGGCCUCACCCUCGAUCUCCCAGCUCCGCACUGCCGCUCCGCGCCGUUCUUCCCUCUCUUCUUCCCCAAUCGUCACAAAGCAGAGAAGGGCGACAGCCGGGCCGAUUUCGCUAGGCGGCGCUAGGGCCCGCCAGGCCUUGCGGGUUCGCGCGGGAGCGCUUGGCUGCACCGGCAAGGGCCUGUGGUAG